AAUCACAAUAUACAAGGUAUAAAAAGCCAAUACUUUUUCUUGAUAGUCACACUUCACAUCCUCUUUUCGUUAAGGAAGGUCCACUAAAAAACCACGCAAGAUGUUCUCUUUCAAAUCUAUCGUACUGAUCGCUGCGGCUUUCACCAUCGGAGCAGAAUGCAGUGUAGGCGUGCCAGCGGUGGCAGCUGCAGCCCUAGCGGCUCCUGCGGCAGUGGGUUAUGCACACGCUGUACCUCAGAACAUCCCACCUUACGCUGCGCAGGUCAACGUAGUUAGCAAGUCACUCGCUGCUCCUCUAGUCGCCGCGCCAUUCGCCGCUGCUCCUCUGGCUGCCGCUCCUCUUGCUGCUGCUCCUCUUGCCGCUGCUCCUUACGUCGCUGGUCCCUACGCCGCCGCACCUCUAGCUGCACCGUACGCUGCCGCACCUUACGCCGCUGCUUAUGGCGCUGCUCCUUACGCCGCAGCUCCCUACUUCGCCGGCCCUGGACCAGUGGUUCCCGCGCCAUUAGCUGGUCCUGCACCAUAUGCCGCCCCCUUCCCCUACGCUGCAGGUGCUCCGUUGGUGCGCGCCAGUCCUUUCGGCUACGCCCCAGCGUACGUGCGAUAGAUUAGAAAAGAAUACUUGACUGACCUUCCUUCUAUUAAGACUUGUAUCAAAGAUUAGGCUACUUUUUAUACUUUUUUGUAAAAUAAACAAUUUAAAAAAAUAA